AUGUCUGACGAACAGAAGCCUACCGCCAACGUGGAGGCCGAGAAGGACGUCCGGGAUGUCCUCGCUGAACUGAAGGGUGAGAACACCAAGCCCGAGGGAGCUACCAAGGAGGACGACGAAGCGCGUAUUGUCGCCGAAGCCGCCAAGCUGGGCGAGAAAUCUGAGAAGUCACAAGAAAAGCCUCACCAGCGCGAUGGUGGCCGUCCCCGCCGCAACAUGAACAAUGCGCGAUUCGACCCGUCCACUCUGGAAGAGACCGAUGACCCAGUGCAGAUUCGCAAGCAGGUCGAGUUCUACUUCUCCGACUCCAACCUUUUUAGCGACAAGUUCCUGAUGGGUCUGGUUGACGGCGCCAAAAACAAUGCCGUUCCCCUUGAAACCAUCCACUCGUUCAAGCGUAUGAAGCGCUUCCAGCCUUUCAGCGCUGUCGUCGAAGCUCUCAAGACCUCCGAGACUCUCGAGUUGACUGACAACGACACCGCCGUCAAGCGUAAGGUCCCUCUACCCGAGAAUAACGAUGACUCGAUCAAGGUUUUUGAGAACAAGGCCAUGGCCCGCAGCAUCUACGCCAAGGGCUUUGGACGCGAAGAGGGCAGCACCCAGUAUGACAUUGAGGCCUUCUUCGCUCCUUACGGACCAAUUAACGCUAUUCGCUUGCGUCGUGGUGAUGACAAGGGUUUCAAGGGCAGUGUUUUCGUCGAGUUCGCCACCGAAGAGAAGCAAAAGGAAUUCCUGGACCUUCCGGAGAAACCCAAGUGGAAGGGCAAGGAUCUGAUUAUCAAGAGCAAGAAGCAGUACUGUGACGAGAAGGUAGAGGAGAUCAAGUCUGGCAAUGUCAAGCCCAGCCGUGGUCGGGGCGGUGGCCGCGGCCGCGGUCGUGGUGGCCGUGGUGGUCGCGGCAACCACCGUAACAACGACCGUGGUGACCGUAAUGACAACCGCGACUGGCGCGAACGCCGUGCCGAUGACCAGAAGAACGGUUUCAAGGACGACAAGGCCGAGGCCAAGAAGGAUGAACGUGGUGUCCCUGUGGUCGAGAGCACCGCUGACGCGGGCCAGAAACGUCCUCGCGAGGAAGAGGCCAACGGCGAUCACCCCGCUAAGAAGGUUGAUGCUAAGGAGUAA